AUCUUGUUGCUGGUUCAAUCGCGGGCUAUCGGAAGGGAGAAAAGAAAGUAUCACAGUGGAGAGAAAGAUCACUGUUUCUCUGCAUUUCGAUCAUUGGAGAUAACUGCUCAAGGCUCGGUUCCUCUAAUAUUUCAUCCGAAGGAUUGUUUUAGCUGAAUGGCCCGGUUGGUUCUACCAUGCAAGAGCGUGGGCUUGGCAAGGAAUAACCUCUUGGGUUUGAUCUCAUCUGCUCCUGUUCGAGCUGCACGCCGUGGUGUUAACUCAUUUGGAAUUUCGAUCAAACAUAGCACUGGACAGAAGCACUUAUUUACUUCACAGGUGAAAUCUGGACCAAGUUAUCGCUUUCCAUAUCAUUUCCCAUUGGGGGCUAAACAAGCUAGUAGGAAGCUGAUUUGUUCAGUUGCAACAGAAGCAUUGCAAGAAAAAGCUGAAGAAAACAAAAUGGGUACACCUAAAGAGAUAUUUUUGAAGGAUUACAAGAUGCCUGAUUACUAUUUUGACACGGUGGAUUUGAAAUUUUUGUUGGGUGAGGAGAAAACAAUAGUCAGUUCAAGAAUAACGGUGUUCCCCAGAGUUGAAGGGUCCAAUUUCCCUCUGGUUUUGGAUGGGACUGAUAUGAAGCUGAUUUCAAUUAAGAUUAACAGUGAGAACCUCAAGGAGGAAGCUUAUGUUGUGGACUCCCGCCAUUUGACAAUCCUAUCACCGCCAACUGGUUCAUUUACUUUGGAAAUUGUCAAUGAGAUAUGUCCUCAGAACAAUACAUCUUUAGAGGGACUCUAUAAAUCAACUGGAAAUUUCUGCACACAAUGUGAAGCUGAAGGUUUCCGGAAGAUCACAUUUUACCAGGACCGCCCUGAUAUAAUGGCAAAGUACUCAUGUCGCAUAGAAGCAGAUAAGUCACUAUAUCCAGUACUGCUGUCUAAUGGGAACCUUGUAGAGCAGGGCAAUUUAGAGGGUGGAAGACAUUAUGCCCUUUGGGAGGAUCCCUUUAAGAAACCCUGCUACUUGUUUGCUUUAGUAGCUGGCAAUUUGGUUAGCCGGGAUGAUAUUUUCAUUACUCGUUCAGGCAGGAAAAUAGCCUUAAGGAUUUGGACCCCAGUCGAAGAUUUCCCCAAGACAAUGCAUGCCAUGUAUUCUCUGGAGGCAGCUAUGAAAUGGGAUGAAGCUGUUUUUGGACUAGAAUAUGAUCUGGAUCUCUUCAACAUUGUGGCCGUUCCAGAUUUCAACAUGGGAGCAAUGGAAAACAAGAGUUUGAAUAUUUUCAAUUCAAAACUUGUCUUGGCAUCUCCAGAGACUGCUACUGAUGCAGAUUAUGCUGCCAUAUUAGGAGUGAUUGGCCAUGAGUAUUUCCACAACUGGACUGGCAACAGGGUGACAUGUCGUGAUUGGUUCCAGCUGAGCCUAAAGGAAGGCCUUACUGUUUUCCGUGAUCAGGAAUUUUCAUCCGACAUGGGAAGUCGUGCUGUAAAACGAAUUGCUGAUGUUUCAAGACUUAGAAACUAUCAGUUUCCUCAGGAUGCCGGUCCCAUGGCUCAUCCAGUUCGACCACAUUCCUAUAUCAAGAUGGACAAUUUUUAUACAGGAAAGUUUCAUUCUCUAUGGGUUUCUGACAUGGAUGUUUGCCAACUUGAACAUGCAGUGACGGUCUAUGAAAAGGGGGCUGAAGUUGUGAGGAUGUACAAGACCUUAUUGGGAAGUCAAGGAUUUAGAAAAGGCAUGGAUCUUUACUUUAAGAGACAUGAUGGUCAAGCUGUUACCUGUGAAGAUUUCUAUGCUGCCAUGCGAGAUGCAAAUGAUGCCGAUUUUGCUAACUUCUUACUAUGGUACUCUCAAGCCGGGACCCCUCAAAUCAAAGUUACAUCAUCUUACAAUUCCAAUGGUCGUACUUUUACUCUGAAGUUCAGGCAAGAUAUCCCACCAACUCCUGGCCAGCCAGUUAAAGAGCCAAUGCUUAUACCUGUUUCUCUUGGUUUGCUAGACUCAUCUGGCAAUAAUUUGCCUCUUUCCUCUAUAUAUCAUGAUGGAGUUUUGCAGUCUACAGCUGAUCAGCCAGUGUACUCCACAGUCCUCAGGCUGACCAAGAAAGAAGAAGAGUUUGUCUUCACCGAUAUACCUGAGCGGCCAGUUCCAUCUUUGUUUAGGGGUUACAGUGCUCCUGUCCGUCUGGAAACAGAUUUAAAUGAUGAUGAUCUAUUUUUCCUUCUUGCCCAUGAUUCAGAUGAGUUCAACCGUUGGGAGGCUGGACAAGUGCUGGCACGCAAACUAAUGCUUCAAUUGGUGGCUGAUCAUCAACAAAAUAAACCAUUGGUUCUUAACUCGAAGUUUGUGGAGGGUCUGAGAUCCAUACUUUCUGACUCGAGCUUGGAUAAAGAAUUCAUUGCAAAAGCGAUAACUCUCCCUGGCGAAGGGGAAAUAAUGGACAUGAUGGAGGUUGCUGAUCCCGAUGCUGUUCACGUCGUUCGAACUUUCAUUAGGAAGCAACUGGCCAGUGCAUUGAAAGCAGAAUUUCUCACUGCAGUUGAAAAAAAUAGUAGUUCAGAAGAAUAUGUGUUUAACCAUCCUGAGAUGGCCAGGCGUGCUUUGAAGAAUACUGCUCUCGCAUAUCUUGCAUUGGUGGAGGAUGCAGAGAUUACCAAUCUUGUGCUUCAUGAGUAUAAGAAUGCCUCGAAUAUGACCGACCAGUUUGCAGCUUUGGCGGCGAUAGCCCAGAAGCCGGGUGAAACUCGGGAUGAGAUUCUUGCUGACUUCUAUACCAAGUGGCAGCAUGACUUUUUGGUUGUCAAUAAAUGGUUUGCUCUUCAAGCGACAUCAGACAUCCCUGGUAAUAUUAAGAAUGUUCAGAAGCUCCUAAAUCACCCGGGAUUCGACCUACGAAAUCCAAACAAGGUAUAUUCUUUGAUUGGAGGUUUCUGUGGAUCUAUCGUUAACUUUCACGCAAAGGAUGGAUCUGGUUAUAAAUUCUUGGGAGAGAUUGUCAUGCAACUAGACAAAAUUAAUCCCCAGGUGGCAUCUCGAAUGGUCUCCGCCUUCUCAAGAUGGAGGCGUUACGAUGAAAACCGACAAAAUCUUGCCAAGGCACAACUGGAGAAGAUAUUGUCUGCCAAUGGACUGUCAGAAAAUGUGUUUGAAAUUGCCUCAAAAAGCUUAGCAGUUUGAAAUGUAAUCAAUCUUCUGCCAUGGGAAAAAAGUGAUCUAAGGAUUGAAGAUGGGUUCGUAACAAUAAUAAUAAUAUCACCCCUUCAUCCCCAUGUAGAAAAAUGCUGCUUUGUAUUUCAAGUGCUGGACCUUAAAGCUACUCGUCAAGUUUUCUUCUUUUUAAUUCACUAAUCUCUAUUUUGCGUUUG